CGAUAAUUUGUUGGUGCGCCUGUACAGUACACGAGGAGGAAUCCAAAAAGAAACAUGAGCGAGUCCAAGGCUGGCGACGACGACGAGUACUUGGCCCAAUUGCCGCAAGUGGACAUCCUGCGCGUGGACGUAUCCCCCAACCCGACGCAUAUCUCGGACGAACUCAACUUGGAAGUGGACUUCACCGUGAACAAGGACGUCCUCGACGGAUGGUGGGAGGUGCAGUACCUCGUGGACUCUGUCUUGGAGCGACACAUUAUUAAGCUUGGCAAGACCGACGCACAGGACUACCUUCAAGGAGAAAACCAUUUCCAAUUCUCGGUCCCGCAGAUCAACGUGGCGUCGAUUAAACCGAGUAACUUGGCCAACUGCGGCCUGCUGAUUGCAUCGUUCAAAACCCGCGCAAACGACAUCAUGGACCUGAAGAUGGUCGUGCAAGUGUCCAAGCAAGGCGAUACGCUGCAACGCAUCAUUUACAACCCACUGGAAUAACAAGGCAAUCAUAUCCAACCAACCUCCUGGA